CCCAUUUAAUCCAUCCGCAGUCUCAUUCACUCAUUCUCCGUGUCGAGGACAACAACUCACUACCUCUGUCCGUAUCUGCCCUUGAUUCUGAAUCACUCAACUACCAAGAAUCAUUUCAGCACCAUGACCAGAGCUCAUUUCAUUCUAUGUAUAUUCAAAUGACAUGAAUUGAACUUUUAGCUGCUUACCUGCAGGCAGCUACAACAGGUGAACUGUUAUAUAAUAUGUCAAAUGCAUAUGAUAUGAACACAUUAUAACUUCUUAUGAUGAGGAAUAAGAAAAAUAGCUCUUGGACAGCUAUACAGAAGGAUCCUGGUUGGAAAUCUAGUCCUCUUUAAGCUGUUUGUUGUGUGUCUACGCUGUUGAAUAACUCUUGUUAACUUUAAAAUUUAAUUUAUAGUCUUAGUUCUACUUGCAUUGACUCCACGAAGCCAAAAUGACUUCAUCAUAUAAUGAUGAGACCAGGAGUGAUAAAUCAGAAUCUCUGGAAGUCUGUGAAUACCGGGGACAAUAUGGAGAUCCAGGAGGUUACUACAAAUCCAAAAGCCUGCCGGUUCUUAACGGAGACUGUCUUACCGUUAAUGAGUCGUUGGAACCAAGGCUGGUCAGUACGACACAGACUUUAGUAAAUACCGAACAUCGCUUGCCGUUCAAUGAGCUGCAACAGAAAGGUGACUCGAGUGAACUGGAUUCACCCACCAGGACAGAUUUCUCCCCUUCCAUGUCCAGUAUGGUGGGUCUGAGCAGCUCUAUGCGAACUGAAUCCAACCGAGCAGGUGGCAAAAAAAUUGGCUUUUCAUUGAUAAGAUUCAUCCGCUUUCCUGCGAGGAAGUACGUGAGGGUGAUUCUGUCAGACUCUAGGUGUUUUCUGUUCUGUAUGUGUUAUCUGACGUUCAUCCAGUCUUUGAUGGUCUCGGGCUACCUUAGUAGUGUCAUCACCACGAUAGAGAAGAGGUACAGCCUUAGAAGUUCAGAAUCAGGACUGCUGGUUAGUUGCUUUGACAUUGGAAGUCUUCUGGUGGUGGUCUUUAUCAGUUAUUUUGGGGGUCGAGGCCAAAGGCCGCGCUGGUUGGCAGUAGGAGGGGUGUUCAUCGCCGUGGGAGCAGCUCUGUUCUCCCUUCCGCAUUUCAUCUCUCCACCCUAUCAAAUCCAAGAGGUCAAUUCUUCCAUGGGGAACAAGGGCCUGUGCUCGAAUGGGAAUGGGAGCAGAAGGGAUGCUCUGGAUGUGUCGUCUUGUCCAAGGGACCAAGAGGGCAACGAUCACUCCAUAUAUGUGGCCCUGUUCAUCUGCGCCCAGGUCCUGGUGGGCAUGGGAUCCACUCCUAUCUACACGCUGGGACCAACGUACCUGGAUGAUAACGUGAAAAAGGAGAACGCUUCCCUCUACCUUGCUAUUAUGUAUGUGAUGGGGGCUCUGGGGCCAGCUGCAGGGUACCUGCUUGGAGGCGUUCUGAUCGGCUUCUACGUGGAUCCCAAAACCAACAUCAACGUUGAGCAAAGUGAUCCACGCUUUGUGGGCAACUGGUGGAGUGGCUUCCUGCUCUGUGCUUUCGCCAUGCUGUUGGUCAUUUUCCCCAUGUUCGCUUUCCCUAAAAAGCUGCCCCCUCGUCACAAAAAGAAGAAGAAAAAGCAUGGGGUAGACAGCACCUCUAAUGAUGAUGACGUCCUGAAAGAGAAAUCCAACAGCAAAGGCCAGACUGUGGCAUCCUCUAUGGGCUUUGGGAAGGACAUCAAAGACCUCCCCAAGGCUGCCAUAAGGAUCCUCAGCAACAUGACAUUCCUGUUCGUGAGUCUGUCCUACACUGCCGAGAGUGCCAUUGUCACUGCUUUUAUCACUUUUAUCCCCAAGUUCAUCGAGUCUCAGUUUGGAAUCCCUGCCUCCAGCGCCAGCAUAUACACAGGUGUCAUUAUCGUGCCUAGCGCAGGGGUGGGCAUUGUACUAGGUGGCUACAUCAUUAAGAAACUGAAGCUUGGAGCUCGUGAGUCGGCCAAGCUGGCCAUGAUCUGCAGUGGGGUGUCUCUUCUGUGCUUCUCCACGCUCUUCAUCGUGGGCUGUGAGAGUAUAAACCUGGGCGGGAUCAAUAUCCCUUACACCACAGGGCCGACCCUCACUCUGACCCACAGAAACCUGACGGGAGGCUGUAAUGUGAAUUGUGGCUGUCGGAUCAACGAGUAUGCUCCUGUUUGUGGCUCAGAUGGCAUCACAUAUUUCAACCCCUGCCUGGCAGGAUGCAGCACUGUGGGCAAUGACAGCACCGGGAUCAGAAACUACACAGACUGUGCGUGUGUGCAGAGCAGGCAGGUCAUCACUCCGGCCGCCAGCGGCCAAGGGAACCAGCUGCAGCUGGUCAUAGUGAAGACCUAUCUGAACGAGAACGGCUUCGCUGUGUCAGGGAAGUGUGAUCGCACCUGCAACACGCUCAUCCCCUUCCUCAUCUUCCUCUUCAUCGUUACGCUGAUCACAGCCUGUGCACAGCCCUCUGCCAUUAUCGUCACUCUCAGGUCAGUAGAAGAGCAAGAACGACCGUUUGCUUUAGGAAUGCAGUUUGUGCUACUAAGAACUCUGGCCUACAUCCCCACACCAAUCUACUUUGGUGCGGUGAUUGACACCACCUGCAUGCUCUGGCAGCAGGACUGCGGCAUUCACGGCUCGUGCUGGGAGUACGAUGUCACUUCCUUCCGCUUCGUGUACUUCGGCCUGGCCGCCAGCCUCAAGUUUGUGGGCUUUGUGUUCAUUUUCCUCACCUGGUAUUCAAUUAAAUACAAAGAGGAUCAUCUGGAGCGCCGGCAGCGGCAUCUGGCUCCUCUGGGCACCGUCAGCGAGCUCAUCUGUCACGCAGGAGGCCACAAGAGCCACGCUCGUACCCGCUCCUGCCCCAUUUUCAUACCCCGUCCCGAGCCACCCAACCAGCCCCUGCUCAACCGCGGACACUGCAGCCACAGCUGCCCCGGAAACACUCUCAAAGCAAUAACCCCGCCUGCCCGCUCGCUACAGGAAAUGCACAUUUGAGGAACGUGAGCCCUGACAUCUGCCUCCACGUGCCUUCCUGUCAGGGGUCCUCCUCCAUGACAAGACAGCGUGCGACGCGUGCCUGUCGUGCUCCGUGUGGCUUUCAGGGGCUUGCUGCGCUCACCGAUCUCAAUGUCACCUGUUCAAACUCACAGCAAACACACAUUGUGUAGUGUUUGCUGUCGAAGCGUAUGGAAGACAUCUCAUGGUGCUAGAUGAGAAACAGAGAGGACAUUUCUCUGUAUCCAAUCUUGGAUUCCAAGAUUAUUAUAUCAAAGACGUAACACAAGCACAAAUUGAUAUCAGUACUAUGCAACGCAGUAUCACAGUAAAGCCUCCAGGCAGUCGCUUGCACUUGUAUGAUCAUAAUUCACAUCUCACAUGGUCUUUCUGAACAAAUCUGUGAAGAAUUCUCUUCGAAAUGGUGUUAACGACUCCCUUCUGGUUAGUUUGAAGGCGUCAGUGUGAUUCGGAUGGUAUUCAAGGAGCUGUACGAGAACAUUCAGCCUCCUCCAGACAGAUGUAUGUAAAUUCAGUGCCUGAGAUUGCCCCGUCAGCAGUGAGGUCUGAGCACUGGGUGGACUGAUAAAACGCAUUUGGAGAAGGACUUUGAAACCUUGUCUUCUCGUUCUUCAUCUUCAUAAUCAUUCUGUCUGUUCAGUGAUUGACUGUCAAAUGGCGAUAUGUGUUCAGAUGCAUAUUGUUGGAUCAGAUGUUUGUCCAGUGGUCCAGUAUCAGGUCUUGAGGAAGUCCGAUCAAUUUGAAGGAUUUUUUGGCAAAUCCGUAUUCAAACCGGUUUUGGUUUUUGUAAGUGUGAACAACAGAAAACCCAUGAAAUCUGUUGUUUACAAACCCGAUCCUAAUCAUAUCCAUAUCUGGUGUGAAAUCAGAUUUUUUUUCUCAGUCUAAAUGGUAAAAUCUGACAAACCAGUCAAUAUUUCUAUCUCUUUCCUUAUAUAAACUCUAAAAAUAGUUCUUUAUUGGCAUCUGUGAUUCCAUGAACCUUUAACAUCCACGGAUGCUUUCCGUUGUUCUUUCAAAGUGAAAAAAGUUUCUUUAGUUUCUAAAAAAUGUCCUUCAGGAGGUUCGUUCGGGAAGCCGAAAUAGAUCUUCUAUGGCAUCACUUCAAAGACAGAGCUUUCAGACAGUAUGGGUUCCUAAAUGUCUCAUUUGAUCUAAAGCUUAAGAGAUGUCAUGAAUGAUAUGAACCAAGGCUAAAAUUGUUGUCCUCUUUUUCACUCCAAGAAUUAUAACUAUGAAGUUAAUACAACCCUCUACGGACACCUUGGCAAUUGAAUCGCCAUUGGCUAGUAAAUAUUUUUCGUUUACUCGACAGACAGACACAUACAUAUACACACACACACACAUAUAUAAAUGUUUGUAAAAUGGUACUGUUUUUUAAAUAUCUGAAAGUACACUCUUAAUCAGUCAGUCAAUAUUAUAAUACUCAAGUAUUAUUAAAUAGAGCCUCAGUAAUUAGAAAUAAACUUGAUAACCAUGUUCAAAUACAUAUUAGUCAUUUUAACUAAUAAGUACUGGACUGGGGGUGGUGCUUGUUUGGUGUAGAGGGUUGCAUAACAAUAUUAGUGUCCAUGCUUUGUGUGAACAGCCCCUUACACUCAGUUGUUGGAUGAGAAAGUCUCAUGGCAUCGUACACAUCAGAUUUCAUCAGCGGUUCGGUCACAAAAAUGUAAUUCCUAAAAGACUGGUUAAAAGCGAAAUCGGAUUUGUGUGUAGUGUGAACACAGCGAUUCAAAUCCAGAUUCAAAUGAGGAAGAUUCAGGAUUCAGUCGACCGCUGCUGCGUCCAAAUACCUGAGCAUGUCUGAGCAGCUUUAGCGCCAGCAUUUGUAAAGCCAUAGCAUAAUGAGAGUGCAUUCUCCGCUUUGGUUUUUGGAGCUGUUUAUGAGCAUGUGCUUCGGCUACAGCCUGAUCCUCAAGCACUGGCUCUAUUCUUAUGCAGCAACUAUGUACAAUGAAACUUCUGCCUAAUAAUAUGCAAACCUCAGAUUUUCAGUACUGUGUGAUGGGUUUAUAAAGCCAGUUUGGCAGUUCAUUAGACGUAGUCCAGUUACUUUUGAUCGGUACAGUACAGAAUUCGCAAUGUUUAUUAGCAAUGUGAUUUACAUAUUUGGUUCGGUUAUGAUAAAUGAGAGACUUUCUUGGUAACUAGAUACUUAGCAUGUAAACAAUAAAACCCAGUUUAAUCAAUGAAAAAAAUGGAGACCAUUCUGUAUUAAUUCCAUAUCUCCACUUCCAAAUUAUUUUGUAAGCUGUACUGUAUUAUGAUCACAAUUUGCGAAAACAAAAUUCGAGACCACAAAUACUUUUUCCAGAACUCUUAUUGUCAGUGUUUUUCAUAGAAGAUGAUGUUGAAGAGGUAUUUGAGAUGCUGAUUGCAGUAUUAGAAUGACUUAAAAAUAAGGGUGCAAGAAGUAAAAUUUCCAUGUUUGUGAACUAUAAGCUAUACCGUGGUGAAGGUCGGACCUUUUUACAAUAAUCAGCAGCUCCCUAUUAGUUUGACCUACAAUGUGAGCUGAUAAAAAAAAAUUGUUGGCAGGGCAACAGAACAGCAUGGAGUGUUACAUUUGACCACUCACACAGGUUUCAGUUAACACUUCUUUUUUUAUUAUUAUUAUUAAAAUAUAUAUAUAUUGUGCCCUUAUUUGACUCAUAUGCACCUUGAACUCUUAAGUUAUUCCUUUUUAAGAUCAGCUCACAUCUGAUGUCAGAUGUGGUGGAGUCUGUGUUUUCAGAGCAGUUUAAAGGACAGCUACGUUGGUCUAGCUUCAGUACUCUUGGACACAUGUGAAUUCGGUCUUGUGAAUUACAUGUAUUUAUUGAAAUAAAAACGUUUAAAAAGAAGUGGCAAUGUAUCAUGUGUGAAGAUGUUUUGAAUUUCACUAAAGAAUUAAACCAUUUGGUUGUUUUUUAUGACAAAGCGGUGUAUUUGUAUAGUUUGCAAUUUGAGAAUUUUUCUAUUUUAUAAGGAAUCACUUUUUUUUUCAGAAACUGGUCUCACUGUAGGUGGUGCUGCUGUAGACAAUAGAAGACUACAAACAGAACAUUUAUAAUGGCAAGAAAACUUCAGGAGUGUUAGAAUGUUUAUGGCUUCCAAGCAAAUUUGGUGUUGAUUCAAAGACUGGCCUUUAAGGUAACUUCUAAUAAUUAUUUUAAAUAUAUAUAUUUGUAUGAUAGU